UCCACAGGGCGAGUAUGGGGUUCAUCUUUGUCACCCUUUGCCAAAAGUCACUCUAAAAAUAUCGGCCUCGAUUUUAAAGAAGGAUGUGAAAAUACGCUUUUGAAACGGGAUAAAGUCUCGGAUUGCGAGAAGAAGAAGAAUCAAGCCAUCUCCAUCCGCGUGCGUGUGGCAGAAAGUAAAGGAGAGAGACGGGCAGGAGGGGGGGGUGGGGGGAGCGCUUUACUGGAAACUCACACUUUGGCAGUCCUUGGAUCCUCCGAGCGGUUCCAGGGACGCUGGGAACCCGCGUCAGAAAGUUUGAUGCCUGAGAGUUCCCGCUUCGAUCUGAGGUCCAGGCUGUAAGGGAGCACAAAAUCCCGGAGCUCCAAUGCCAGUGGACAUGCAGCCACAUCAGGGGCUGUACCACUAUGACACCUCGCCCAGUCACCCCUCCAGAGGCCUCGCCCCACCAGAUCAGCCUCCAUACAGCGAUGUAUCCUUGCUGCAUGGUCCGCACCUUAACGGCCCAACCCAGGACUGCCGGUCUAUGUAUAACCCCAUGACUCCAAACAUGAGUCACGGACCAGGGCCGGAACAGGGGAUUGGCCACUGCUUGGAUCAAUGCAUGAGGCCUCCUCAGGCUCUGCCUCCUCACAGCAUGAUGGGUCACAGGCUGCCUACAGAGGGUGGGAGUGCGGCACCGUACUGUAACCAGAGCAACAUGAUAUCGUCUCAUCACAGCUUCUGUCAAGUCCAGCCUGCUUCUGAUCAGAUUGGCUCCGGUGACGGCUCGAGGUUCUCCACGCCUCGCUCUAUGCUGAAGCUGAGUAAAAGAGAGCGCUGUCCAUCUCCCCUCUGUCUGACGCAAGCGUUGACCUGCAGACGGUCAUCCGGACGUCACCCAACUCCCUGAUAGCCUUUGUUAACUCUCGGUGCAAUCCCAACGCAGCCAGCUCUUACGGGCAUCUCUCUGUGGGCGCCAUGAGUCCAUCUUUGGGCUACUCCAGCUCUAUAAACUGCCAGUCCAGACCACAGGGUUCCAUGUAUGGAGGUGGUGGAGGAACGCCUAUGGGUGGACACACACCUGGUCCUUGCCAAGCACCUCGCUUACCUGCCCACAGUCCUCGGCUGCACGCUCCACCCAAGCAUGGACAUUUGAAGACAGAACCGGGGUUGGGAGGCGUGAUGGACAGCCUCAACAUGAAGAGUCUGGAGGAGAG